GUAGUUUGGAAAAACACCAAAAAAGGGUGCUGGAGGGCAAAUCAUUUACUAAAUUACAAAGAAACAAAAAAACUGAUCAGUUCAGUUUUGGAUAGAUAUCGUCAGCCUUAUAUUGUGCUUGCAGACUUCUUCCAAACUGGUAUGGCCAUUAUAAGAGGGUCCAGGGGCGGACUGACCAUUUAGAAACUCGGGCACUGCCGAGGGCCCAGGGUCAGUAGGGGGCCCCAUGAGAUGCCCCUGGUACCUUUUUCAUAGGCUUUUUUGAGUUUGGGCAAGGACACAGGGGCCCCAUGAUCCCCUAUUGCCCGGGGGCUCCAUGAGUUGUCAGUCCGCCCCUG